GCAGCGAGAAUACGCGAUAGAUCAAUGGCUCGUGGCCUGCUGAACCGAAUUCAUCUUCGUUUUUUGCUGCGGGGAUUCCUAGUUUCUACUACACAACCGAUUACUGACAGUAAAAAAUACUCGUGAAAGAAGUAGUAGUCCUGCAGAUCGACUCGUUGCUUCGCAUAAAUUCGUUUGAGGCCAGGUGCAAAUAGUCGACGAACGCUAGCGUCGUCGCCAAGAAGAAUGAAGCAAACCCAGCUUUGGAGUGUCCUUUAUUCGAGCUGUUGUAUCAUUUCGGCCGUCCGAGCCUUUAACGAUCCUGUUCCCCAGUCUCUGAAGCUUCCUCAACCACCAGGUCCAGUCAUGCGUGCCUGGACGUGUCACGGUCGCACACAAGCGGAACUUGUCGACCGCUUGACGCAGGCCAACAUUGUGCAGAGUCCGCUCGUUCAAAGCGUCUUGCAGGCGGUCGAUCGAGCCAACUACGUACCCAACGAUCCCUACAUGGACGCUCCGCAAGCAAUUGGUCAGGGUCAGACUAUUUCGGCACCCCACAUGCACGCAUACGCCCUCGAAGCUCUCUUGCCUUGUCUCCAGCAGCAAAAGCAGCAUCCAGAACAGCAACGAGACCUCCGUAUUCUCGAUGUCGGCUGCGGAAGUGGCUAUCUGACAGCCUGCAUGGGACGUUGGCUGCACUCUCGGAAUCCGCAAGAACCGCCCCUACUGGCCAAAGGACAGGUUUACGGAAUUGACAUUCACGCAGAUUUGGUCGACCAAACGCGACGCAACAUGCAACUAGGGGAUGCCGAUUUGCUGUCCUCCGGAACGGUUCAACUGAGCGAGUCGAACGGCUGGAAUGGUUGGCCAGUGGCGGCACCGUUUGACGCCAUUCACGUAGGGGCUGCGGCGGCUGAAUUUCCCCGGACCCUGGCGACGCAGCUCAGCGUGGGUGGUUGCAUGGUGGUGCCGAUUGGACCGCAAGGGGGUGCCCAACAUUUGUACAAGGUCACACGCCUACGAGGACACGGCGAUUCCCAGACCGAUGCGAAUUUACAAGCUCCGUCUUUUGUCAUGCAGGAUUUUGAAGUAUCGCAAUUGUUAGGUGUACGGUAUGUUCCGUUGGUGGAAGGACCGAAACACUGACCUUUUCCAAGUAGAUUUUCUUCGGGGGUUGCAAAACGAAAGGAAGGACAUGCCUCCUCCUGUGAAAGGUGCAAGAAUCGAGCACAUCUAGAUACUCUAUAUGACCUAUUAAGCUCGUAACGUUACCAAUAAUGUAAGUAAAAAAAUUAAUUGUCAUUU